GUGGAGUUUCCCGGAUGUGGAAUUAGUUCCAAUUAAUCAGUGAGAUGGUGGCGGUCGCGCAACAGCGAACUUGACUAAUGGCAGUAAAGUGACCAAUCAUGGCGCUAAUGAUUCCACCAGUGAAGCUGAAAUGGUUAGAGCAUCUCAAUAGUUCUUGGAUCACGGAGGACAGUGAAUCCAUUGCCACGAGAGAAGGUGUUUCUAUUUUAUACAGUAAGCUAGUUAGCAGUAAGGAGGUAAUACCAUUACCACAGCAAGUACUCUGCCUAAAGGGACCUCAGUUACCAGACUUUGAACGUGAGGCCCUCUCCAACGAUGAACAAGAACACUACCUGGAUGCUCUCCUCAGUAGCCAGCUGGCUCUGGCGAAAAUGGUUUGCUCCGAUUCUCCAUUUGCAGCAUCCCUUAGGAAGCGCUUGUUAGUGUUACAGCGAGUUUUUUAUGCUCUUUCCAACAAAUACCAUGAUAAAGGUAAAGUCAAACAGCAGCAACAUUCACCUGAAAGUAGUUCUGGAGCAACGGACAUCCAUUCUGUAAGUGAACGACCAAGAUCCAGUACAGAUGCUCUGAUAGAGAUGGGAGUUCGGACUGGAUUAAGUUUAUUGUUUGCACUAUUACGACAGAGUUGGCUGGUGCCUUCAACAGUGCCAGGAUUGAACCUCUGUAAUGAUGUUAUUCAUACGGCAAUAGGUGUGAUAAGCUCAUUGCCACCAUUAUCUUUAGCAAAUGAAAGUAAAAUUCCAGCAAUGGGACUGGACUGCUUGUCGCAAGUGACAACUUUCUUAAAAGGAGUCACAAUGCCAAACUCAGGAGCAGAUAUUCUGGGACGAAGAUUAGCCUCAGAGUUGCUACUUGGACUUGCAGCCCAGCGUGGUUCUCUGCGGUAUCUUCUGGAAUGGAUAGAAAUGGCUUUGGCUGCAUCGGCUGUAGUUAGCACUAUGGAGAAAACGAAACUGCCUAUGAAUCGUGAAGGAAUGAUCAGUCAUGAUUGCUUCAUGAACGUUCUUGUACAAAUGAGACGUUCUUUGGGUGCAUCAGCUGAUAGGAGUCAGUGGCGAGAGCCGACUAGGACACCCGAUGGUCAAUGUUCAUUGUAUGAGGCAGCUCUCUGCCUCUUUGAAGAGGUUUGUCGAAUGGCCUCCGACUACUCCAGAACUUGUGCUAGCCCUGACAGCUUGCAGAGUGGCGAUGCCCCUGUGGUGUCAGAAACAUGUGAAGUGUAUGUUUGGGGUAGUAACAGCAGUCAUCAACUCGUCGAAGGAACACAGGAGAAAAUUCUGCAGCCAAAAUUAGCUUCCAGUUUUGCAGAUGCUCAGAUUAUUGAAGCUGGACAGUAUUGCACAUUCGUCAUUGCAUCUGAUGGAUCAGUGAGAGCCUGUGGCAAGGGCAGUUAUGGAAGGCUUGGUCUAGGUGAUUCAAAUAACCAAUCCACCUUGAAAAAGUUAACUUUCGAACCACAUCGAGCUAUCAAAAAAAUCUCCUCGUCGAAAGGUUCUGAUGGGCAUACACUAGCAUUUACCUCGGAAGGAGAAGUCUUUAGUUGGGGUGAUGGUGAUUAUGGAAAACUUGGACAUGGAAACAGUUCCACCCAAAAAUAUCCCAAACUUAUUCAGGGCCCAUUACAAGGAAAAGCCGUUGUAUGUGUCUCUGCUGGCUAUAGACACAGUGCAGCCGUUACGGAAGAUGGCGAAUUGUACAGCUGGGGUGAAGGGGACUUUGGGAGGUUAGGUCAUGGUGAUAGCAAUAGCCGGAACAUCCCAACUUUGGUAAAGGAUAUUAGCAAUGUAGGAGAAGUUUCUUGUGGAAGCUCGCAUACUAUUGCAUUAUCAAAAGAUGGAAGAACAGCAUGGUCCUUUGGAGGAGGUGACAAUGGUAAACUCGGUCAUGGUGACACAAACAGAGUUUAUAAACCCAAAGUUAUUGAAGCCUUACAAGGGAUGUUUAUCCGUAAAGUAUGUGCUGGGAGUCAAUCUUCACUUGCUUUGACGUCAACAGGACAGGUAUACGCUUGGGGCUGUGGUGCCUGUCUUGGCUGUGGAUCAUCAGAAGCUACAGCUUUGAGACCCAAACUUAUUGAAGAACUGGCUACUACUAGAGUAGUUGACCUCUCCAUAGGUGACAGCCACUGUUUGGCUCUUUCACAUGAUAAUGAGGUGUAUGCUUGGGGCAAUAAUUCUAUGGGACAGUGUGGUCAAGGAAAUUCAACUGGUCCAAUCACGAAACCUAAAAAAGUGAUUGCUUUGGAUGGAGUAGCAUGUCAGCAGAUUUCUGCUGGAACUUCCCACAGCUUGGCUUGGACAGCAUUACCCAGAGACAGACAAGUUGUGGCUUGGCACAGACCUUACUGUGUUGAUUUAGAAGAAAGCACUUUUUCUCACCUUCGAUCAUUUCUUGAAUGGUACUGUGAUGGAAUCAACAACGAAGUUCCACCACUCCCUUUCCCUUCAUCCAGGGAGCAUCACAAUUUUCUUAAGCUUUGUCUCAAGCUGCUGUCUAAUCAUCUGGCACUGGCUGUAGCUGGCGGUGUGGCCACCAGUAUCCUUGGGAAACAGGCCAGGCCACUGCGAAAUCUAUUAUUCAGAUUAAUGGACUCAUCUGUACCAGAUGAAAUCCAAGAGGCUGUUAUAGAGACAUUGUCUGUUGGUGCCACAAUGUUACUUCCACCAUUGCGAGAAAGAAUGGAGUUGCUGCAUUCGCUGCUUCCGCAGGGCCCUGAUAGAUGGGAAAGUUUAACUAAAGGACAACGGAUGCAAUUGGAUAUUAUUCUUACAAGCCUACAAGACCACACCCAUGUAGCUUCUUUGCUCGGCUAUAGCUCUCCUCCUGAUGCUGAAGCCGCCUCAUCAGGACCAAAUUACAGCUGCUUCCCUGAUUCCUCAUUCAACUCCCAAUCCAGUCAUCCUGAUACCCAUCUGGCAGAAAUCUUAAUGAAGACCCUACUAAGGAAUUUAGGAUUCUAUACUGAUCAGGCGUUUGGAGAACUGGAAAAGAACAGUGACAAGCAGCUUCUGGGGACAUCAUCUGCGGAAAACAGCCAACCAGCUCAUUUGCAUGAACUACUGUGCUCCCUGCAGAAACAACUCUUGGCAUAUUGUCAUAUCAACAGUGUCAGUGAGAGCUCCAGUAGUGUAGCUUUAUUGCACAAACAUCUACAGCUCUUACUACCUCAUGCAACUGAAAUUUACUCCCGUUCUGCAACACUGCUGAAAGAAAGCUCCUGGAAUGGGAGUGUCAGAGACAAGCUUCAAGGUGUCCUAUAUGGAUCAGCAGCAGGGAGCAUGCUGUGUCAGAUCAUUAACUCUUUACUGCUACUGCCUGUCUCUGUGGCACGACCGUUACUAAGCCAUCUACUGGAUUUAUUGCCAUCGUUGGAUCGCUUAAACCGACUUUUACCAGCUGCGGCCCAUUUAGAGGAACAGGAGUUGCAGUGGCCGCUGCACGGUACUAUUGAAAGUGCUGAGCCUGAUGAUUUGGCAAUACCUCAACCUGCUCAGCCUUGGGUGUGGCUUGUAGAUCUGGAGAGAACUGCUGCACUACUUGUAGGCCGUUGUCUUGGUGGAAUGCUACAGGGUCCACCUAUGUCUUCUGAAGAACAAGAUACAGUUCGUUGGCUAAAAACACCUCUCUUCAGCAAUGGAUUGGAACUGGAUCUCCCCCAGCUAGAUAAAUGCAUGAGCUCUCUGCUGGAAGUUGCACUGUCUGGAAAUGAAGAACAGAAACCUUUUGAAUAUAGCCUUGGUGCUGAGAAUAUUAUGCUUGUUGAUCUGGCUUUGGGCUCGACAAAAGAACCUGUCAACAUUCUGUGGCUCAAAAUGCAAGACUAUGCUGUCAGCAAAGAUUGGGACAGUGCAAUUCUUGGCAAUGAGACCUUAUUGGAUACAGCUUCAAGAUUUGUCCUUGCAGCUCUUUUAAAGCACACUGGUUUACUAAAUCAAGUCUGUGGUGAAAGCAGGUACCAGCCAAGUAAAACACUUGCAGAAAUAUAUCGUUGUGUUUACAAAAUUCGUAACAGACUGCUAGCAUGCAAAAACCUGGAACUUAUCCAGACCCAGUCACUUUCCAGUGAAAGGAGGUUGUCAGAAAAUCAAGACUCAACAGAUGUUGAUCUUCAGGAGCUUGCUUUCACACGUACCAUUGAUGAAGAAGCUGAAAUGGAAGAGCAGGCAUAUAGAGAUCGCGAAGAUGAGCAUCUGGAACAAGAGGAGGAAGAAAGGGAGCAAGAAGUCAUGACUGCUGGGAAAAAUAACAAAGAAAAGCAUGAACUGUAUUGCACUACACAAGAACUAUUGGUGCUUUAUCAUCAGAAAGAAAGAUUAAUCUCUAUUAUCCCAACAAUGCCCUUAGAAAUGCUCAAAUCAUCAUCAACCAUCAAUAUUAUCUUCGUACUGAAGAUUCUUGUUCCCCUGUUUAUGGCUGUAAUUGGUGUCCUUUCAGAAAAUAGGAGUGAAAGUCUGACAGCAGAAAGCCAUCCUGUGAAAUCAAAUUCAACAUACAAACUAACUAAAUCAAGAAGUGAAUCAGACUUGUCUCAGCCUGAAUCUGAUGAGGAAAGUUGUGCAUUUAACUCCAGAAGACACGUAGAUGUGGACUUAGAUUUAGCAUCAGCUCAGAGAAAACGAGGACCUCCUUAUAGCCCAACAGAUUCACUGAGAGCCACUUGGGCACGGCUGAAACACAGCAGAGAUUGGCUCUACGGUUCUUCCCACUUGUACAAUGCUUCUGAUUUUGAUUUGAAUCAGUCUCUUGGAAUCCAUGCAUUCAUCGAAAACAUUGUUAGUUUUGUGAGUGGAGGUGUAGGAACUUCCCCAGGUUUUAAAGAAUCUGAAGAAAACAUGGCUUCCAAUCCUCAGGCCAUCAUCAUUGCCAUGGAACAGCAACAGCUCAGGUCUGAGCUGCGUCUGGCAGCACUUCAUCAAAUCUUGGUGUUGCUUUCUGGAAUGGAGGAAAAGGGCAGCCAGUUGACUGGAAGUAAUUCUCUGACUUCAUGGUUCCACUCCGCUUCUUUACUCACAUCAGUCAGGCUGCAAUUCCUGGCAGGAUGCUUUGGCCUGGACACAGUGGGAAAUGCAGGGAUCAAAGGUGAAAGUGUCCAACUGCAUCACUAUCAGGAUGGUAUUAGAGCUGCCAAGAGAAACAUUCAGAUGGAUAUCCAGAGUGCUGUUCACAAGAUCUACCAACAACUAUCCGCUACCCUAGAGCGGGCUUUGCAAGCAAAUAAGCACCACAUUGGAGCCCAGCAACGCCUCUUGCUGGUCACGGUAUUCGCACUUAGUGUGCGUUACCAGCCGGUGGAUGUCUCUUUGGCAAUCUCUAGCGGUUUGUUGAAUGUACUAUCCCAGUUGUGUGGCACUGACACAAUGCUGGGACAGCCACUGCAAUUGAUACAUAAACCAGGUGUUUCACAGCUCAGCACAGCUUUGAAGGUUGCAAGCACUAGAUUGCUUCAGAUUCUAGCCAUCACCACAGGAACAUAUGCAGACAAGCUGAGCCCUAAGGUGGUUCAGUCUCUUUUAGACCUGCUCUGCAGUCAGCUGAAAAGCUUAAUAUCUCAGGCUGGAGUGCAGCUAACCCCUUUGCAUGGGGACGGAGAAAACAAAUUAGCUGAGAUUGGUGAGACUGAGGAUACCAAAGAUAUGAAAGCUAUUCUACGAAAACAGCAUGCAGCAGAUCUGCAGCUGGGGGAUUUUCUUGUUUUCCUGCGGAGAGUUGUUUCCUCAAAAGCUAUUCAGUCAAAAAUGGCAUCGCCUAAAUGGACCGAAGUGCUGCUUAAUAUUGCUGCACAAAAAUAUUUUUCUGGUGUACCGCUGGUUGGGAAUCUGAGAACGAGGCUGCUUGCUCUUCAUGUUCUGGAAGCAGUAUUACCUGCCUGUGAAUCAAGUGUAGAUGAUGAUCAAAUGACACAGGUUGUGGAACAUCUUUUCUUGCUCAUCUCUGAUUGCAUGUGGGAGGCACCAAUUGCUCAGGCAAAACAUAUGAUUCAAGCAAAGGAGAAAGAGCAAGAAAUUAAAUUGCAGAAGCAGGGUGAAGUCGAGGAAGAAGAUGAAAAUCUUCCUAUCCAGGAAGUAUCAUUUGAUCCUGAGAAAACCCAGUGUUGUGUGGUGGAGAGUGGGCAAGUUCUGACUCAUGGUAGUGGUGGCAAGGGCUAUGGUUUAGCAUCAACUGGAAUUGCUUCUGGAUGUUAUCAGUGGAAGUUCUAUAUAGUAAAAGAAAAUAGAGGUAAUGAAGGUACCUGUGUGGGAGUAUCUCGCUGGCCUGUGCAUGAUUUCAACCAUCGGACUACCUCAGACAUGUGGCUGUACAGGGCUUACAGUGGUAAUCUGUACCACAAUGGGGAGCAGACACUCACCCUCUUCAGCUUUACACAAGGAGACUACAUAACAUGUGUGUUGGAUAUGGAGGCCAGGACCAUCUCAUUUGGGAAAAAUGGAGAGGAGCCUAAACUAGCUUUUGAAGAUGUGGAUGCAACUGAAUUAUAUCCAUGUGUAAUGUUCUAUAGCAGCAAUCCUGGUGAAAAGGUUAAAAUCUGUGAAAUGCAGAUGCGGGGCACACCAAGGGAUCUAUUACCUGGUGAUCCUAUCUGCAGUCCUGUAGCCACUGUCCUGGCAGAGGCCACUAUUCAACUCAUCCGUAUUCUGCAUCGUACAGAUAAAUGGACCCACUGUAUAAACAAAAAUAUGAUGGAUCGUUUGCAGAAAGUCAAAUCUUGCUUAAAAGAAGUCAGCCAGAAAUUAAAAAAGAGUCGCUCUGUGCAAAGCAGAGAUGAACAUGAAAUGAAAGAAGAGAGCAAGGAGGAAGAAAAAGGAAAAUAUAGCAAGCAUGGUUUGGCAGAGCUCUCAGAAAUCCAGCUGCGGACCCUGUGCACUGAGGUGUGGCCUGUGCUUGCAGUAAUUGGUGGUGUCGAUACAGGUCUUCGAGUUGGAGGGAGGUGCGUUCACAAACAGACAGGGAGGCAUGCUACUCUGUUAGGUGUACUCAAAGAAGGGAGCACUUCAGCAAAAGUACAAUGGGACGAUGCUGAAAUAACAAUAAGCUUCCCUACUUCUUGGUCACCCAGUGACACACCGCUGUACAACUUGGAACCCUGUGACCCACUGCCUUUCGAUGUCUCACGAUUCCGUGGGUUGACUGCUUCUCUGCUGCUAGACCUCACCUACUUAACUGGUGUUCAUGAAGAUGGAGCUAAACAGAGUGCAAGAAGGCAUGAGAAAAAGCACAGGCAUGAAUCGGAAGACAAGGCAGAGAUGGAGCAGAAAUUCGAGGCAGAUCUCACUAAAGAAACCAUUGAUCGAGUGAUAACACAGUCAACUGAGGAGACAAAAGGUUUUAUGCAAGGUGGAGCUUCCAAUUCACGAUCAGAAAAUGACAUUUCAACUUGCACUGUGGAUUCUGUGCAUCUUGGUUUAGAUUCUCAACAUCAUCUGCUGGAUGGAAAACGAAAGCCUCAUGAGCAUGUACUGAGAAAUCAUGAUUUAAUUCAAUCAGAAAUUCGAGCAGUUCAGUUAUCCUACUUGUGUCUUGGUGCUAUGAAGACGCUUAGUGUUCUGCUUAGCUGUAGCAAGUAUGCAGAAUUGUUGCUAAUCCCGAAAGUUUUAACUGAGAGUGGCCACAAUUCAGACUGUGCUGGGUCACCAGUUAUUCAGGACGAUGUAGAAAUGAGAGCUGCGCUCCAGUUUCUGAUGCGCCACAUGGUGAAACGGGCUGUCAUGCGCUCACCAAUUAAGAGAGCAUUGGGACUGACUGAUCUCGAGCGUGCACAGGCCAUGAUCUAUAAACUGAUUGUGAAUUCGCUGCUGGACGAUCAAUUUGGUGGCAAAGUUAAACAAGUGACAACACAAAUGGCCAAUUCCACCUACAAUGCCUGUAGUUACAGCCAACUGAUAUCUGUGCCAGUGCUCUGCCCCAACCUCACCUCAGCUGUAUUUCCCAGAAGAAACCAGCCUCCAAAAGAUCGGAUCAAGUGGAAGCAUAUUUGUGAGUCUGAUGAAAGAGAUGAAAUAGUCAUCUGUGAACUCUGUGAUGCAAAUGUUGGUCAGUUUAAUCACCACAUGAAGAGAAACCAUCCAGGCUGUGGGCGUAGUGCCAACCGUCAAGGCUAUCGCAGCAAUGGGUCCUAUGUUGACGGUUGGUUUGGUGGUGAGUGCGGGAGUGGAAAUCCAUACUACCUCUUGUGUAGUGGCUGUAGGGACAAGUAUCUGGCCAUGAAGAUCAAGACAAAGGUCCCAGUUUCAGAAAGAUACAAAGGCCAGGCACCAGAUCUGAUAGGCAAGCAAGAUAGCAUAUACGAAGAAGACUGGGACAUGUUAGAUGUUGAUGAGGACGAGAAGCUGACUGGAGAGGAAGAGUUUGAGUUGUUGGCUGGACCCCUUGGCUUGAAUGAACGAAGAAUUGUACCUGAGCCAGUGCAGUUUCCUGACAAUGAUCCACUGGGAGCAUCUGUUGCCAUGGUAACAGCAACCAACAGUAUGGAAGAAACACUUAUGCAAAUAGGUUGCUUUGGAUCGGUAGAUAAAUGUUCGUCUGGUAGAGUGACACUUGGAGAACAGGCAGCAGCCCUACACAAUCCACAUGACCGAGUUAUGGCCUUGAGGCGAGUGACUGCAGCAGCACAGGUCCUUCUAGCAAGGACCAUGGUCAUGAGAGCUCUUUCACUGCUAUCUGUCAGUGGUUCUAGUUGCAGUCUGGCAGCAGGUCUGGAGUCUUUGGGAUUGACUGAUAUCAAGACCUUGGUUCGGUUGAUGUGUCUGGCUGCAGCCAGUAGAGCAGGUCUUUCUCCGAGUCCGGGUGCAACCAGCACUUCAGAUCGUCCUCGUGGAGUUCAUAGCAAAGUUAACAAACCGAUUUCCUGCCUUGCCUACCUGAGCACUGCAGUGGGCUGUUUAGCUUCUAAUAGCCCAAGUGCUGCAAAGCUACUUGUUCAACUCUGUACACAGAACUUGAUCUCAGCAGCAACAGGUAUGAAUCUCACUACCAUAGAUGAUCCCAUCCAGAGGAAAUUUCUACCCAGUUUCCUUAGAGGUAUUGCUGAGGAAAAUAAACUUGUGACAUCUCCAAACUUUGUUGUAACCCAAGCAUUGGUAGCAUUACUUGCUGACAAGGGAGCCAAACUGAGACCAAAUUAUGACAAGACAGAGACGGAAAAAAGAGGCCCUCUGGAGCUGGCUAAUGCCUUAGCAGCUUGCUGCCUAUCAUCUAGGCUGUCUUCCCAGCACAGACAAUGGGCUGCUCAGCAGCUUGUUCGGACUCUUGCAGCACAUGAUCGUGACAACCAGAGCAAACCACAGACUUAUGCUGAUAUGUCUGGGGACCUACGGAAAUGUCCAUUCACCAAGCUUGAAGCACACCAGAAUAGGGUGAUCACAUGUCAAUGGUGCAAUAAAAAAGGUCUCCUAGCAACAAGUGGCAACGAUGGGACUGUUAGAGUGUGGAGUGUCACUAAAAAUCAUUACAUCUUACAACAAACAUGUGUCUUCAACAAAACAGAAAUUAUUUCUGAAGACCUGGGCAGUCUGGGCUCUCCUUGUGAACCAAAUUUGUGUCUCAUUUGUUGGAGUAUUAGUGGCAAAUAUAUUGCAGCAGCACUAGAAAAAGUGGUGAACAUCUGGCAAGUCACUGGAGGCAAGGGGCUUUUAGACAUACAGCCACAUUGGGUUUCUGCUCUUGCCUGGCCUGAAGAAGGUCCAAUUGCAAGCUGGGCUGGUGACACUUUAGAAGUUCUUCUUGUAGGACGAAUGGAUGGAUCUCUUGGACUCAUUGAGGUAGUGGAUUCAUCUACCAUGCACCGUCUUGAACUUGAGCACUGCUACAGAAAAGAUGUUGCAGUAACAGCCAUUGCUUGGUAUACUGAAGAUAAGCCAUUUGCAGUGGGAUAUGCAGAUGGAAAAAUACUGAUUGGCACGAAAGAGCCUCUGGAGAAGGGAACAGUUGUUAUGAUUGAUGCAUACAAGGAAAGCAUCACGUGUAUGAAAUGGGACCCUUUAGGGAUGAUGCUCAUGACUUGUGCCAAAGAAAGCAUUGUGAAACUGUGGAGUUUUAUUGCUGGAACCUGGCAAUGUCUGCAUAAACUAUCUCAUCCGGCUAUGGUGAAUCAUGUUGCCUGGUGUAGUCAACUAGGAAAAGGUUUCAAGUUGCAGCUCAUGCUGGCUAGUGGAUGUCAGAAUGGUUUGGUUUGUGUCUGGACUGUCCCGCAAGAUGUUUUCAAGGUAUCACAGUCCACUUCCAGCAGCUCUGAUGAAUGGUGGGAACAAGAAUCCAAGAAUCGAGUGAAGAGUGGAUGUAAGAAAGUUGGGGAGGCAACAUGCAUCUAUCAACUGAAGGGGCACAUCACUCCAGUGCGCACUGUAACUUUUAGCCCUGACGGACUGGUCUUAGUGUCUGGAGGACUUGGUGGACUAAUGAACAUUUGGUCACUGCGGGAUGGUAGUGUGCUACAGAGUGUAGUGACAGGAUCUGGUGCUAUUCAGAAUACAACCUGGAUUCCUGAUGUUGGCGUUGCAGCUUGUUCCAAUAGGUCAAAGGAUGUGUUGGUGGUGAACUGCCCAACUGAAUGGAUAGCUGCAAAUCAUGUUCUGGCAACAUGUAGAACUUCAUUGAAAAAACAAGGAGUUAUUGGCUUAAAUAUGGCACCAUGUAUGAGGACCUUUCUUGAAAGGCUGCCAGUGAUGUUGCAAGAGCAAUAUGCAUAUGAAAAGCCUCACGUGUUAUGUGGAGACCAACUAGUUCACAGUCCUUACAUGCAGUGUCUGGCCUCCUUGGCUGUGGGACUUCAACUAGAUCGUCUCCUGUGUAAUCCAUCUGUGCCUCCUCAUCAUACUAGUUGCCCCCCUGACCCUGUGAACUGGAACUCCUCGGAGUGGUCCUGGUUAGAAUGUUUCUCUACCACUAUUAAGGCUGCAGAAGCAUUAGCGAAAGGGGGGCCAUUCCCUGAAUGCUUCACUGUUCCAGAUCUAGAGCCUGUACCAGAAGAAGAACUAUAUCAUGUGAUGGAUAAUAGUAAAUGGUUUGCAGGAAUGGAUGAACAAAUUAUGUCCUGGGCAUCUUCACGGCCAGAGGACUGGCACCUUGGUGGAAAAUGUGAUGUCUAUCUUUGGGGAGCAGGGCGUCACGGGCAGUUGGCAGAAGCAGGAAGGAAUGUAAUGGUACCAACUGCUGCGCCUUCAUUUUCACAAGCUCAGCAGGUAAUUUGUGGGCAGAAUUGCACUUUUGUUAUCCAGGCUAAUGGAACAGUAAUGGCAUGUGGGGAAGGAAGCUAUGGUCGGCUUGGUCAAGGAAAUUCAGAUGAUCUUCAUGUAUUGACUGUCAUUUCAUCAUUACAAGGUUUUGUAGUAACGCAGCUGGUGACUUCUUGUGGAUCCGAUGGUCACUCUAUGGCUUUGACAGAAAGUGGCGAAGUCUUCAGUUGGGGUGAUGGGGAUUAUGGGAAACUGGGCCAUGGAAAUAGUGAUCGACAGCGCAGACCUCGGCAGAUUGAGGCACUUCAGGGAGAGGAGGUCGUCCAGAUGUCCUGUGGCUUCAAACAUUCAGCAGUUGUUACUGCAGAUGGAAAGUUGUUCACGUUUGGAAAUGGUGACUAUGGUCGUUUGGGACUAGGUAACACAUCCAAUAAAAAGCUGCCUGAGAGAGUGGUAGCAUUAGAAGGCUAUCAGGUUGGACAGGUUGCAUGUGGUUUAAAUCACACCUUAGCUGUCUCUACCGAUGGGAUGAUGGUUUGGGCUUUUGGUGAUGGUGAUUAUGGAAAGCUUGGUCUAGGCAAUUCAACAGCCAAAUCAUCUCCUCAGAAAGUGGAUGUUUUGUGUGGCAUAGGAAUUAAAAAGGUUGCUUGUGGCACCCAGUUUUCUGUUGCCCUGACAAAAGAUGGCCAUGUGUACACUUUUGGCCAAGAUCGCCUAAUUGGCUUGCCUGAGGGUCGUGCCCGCAAUCAUAACAGACCUCAGCCAGUGCCUGCCCUGAACGGAGUCUUUAUUGAGGACAUAGUUGUGGGUGCUGAGCACACACUGGGUCUUUCAACAUCUGGAGAUGUUUAUGGCUGGGGCAGCAACUCAGAAGGGCAGGUUGAAGGGGGACCUGAUAAAAGGUGUAUGAGAUUGAAGGGCAUGGACAGGCUGGAUCGAAAGCAGCCAAUCCUCUUUAAGGCAUCAAGACAAGGAGGAUGCAAUUUUAAAGUGAAAGGUAGGAAAAGAAUUACGCUUGCCUUUGUAUUUCAGAUGAUACCCCUUGAUUCUUUUGUGGGUCAAAGUGCUGAUGGUAAAAUGGUUCCGAUUAUCCCAGGUGGGAACAGUAUCCCACUCACCUUUUCCAAUAGGAAGGAAUAUGUGGACAGGGCAAUUGAAUAUCGGCUGCAUGAAAUUGAUCGGCAAGUAGCUGCAGUUCGAGAAGGGAUGUCUUGGAUCAUUCCAGUUCCCCUGCUUUCUCUCCUUACUGCUAAGCAGUUAGAACAAAUGGUUUGUGGACUGCCAGAAAUCUCUGUAGAUGUUCUAAAGAAGGUUGUGCGGUAUCGAGAGGUGGAUGAGCAACAUCAGUUGACACAAUGGUUCUGGCAGACACUGGAGGAAUUCUCCAAUGAAGAGCGAGUUCUUUUCAUGCGCUUUGUGUCUGGGCGAUCUCGUUUGCCAGCAAACACUGCCGAUAUCUCUCAGAGAUUUCAGAUUAUGAAAGUUGAUCGGCCUUACGACAGCUUGCCUACCUCACAAACCUGCUUCUUUCAAUUGCGUCUACCCCCAUACUCCAGUCAGGCAGUCAUGGCGGAGCGAUUGCGUUAUGCUAUCAACAACUGCAGAUCUAUAGACAUGGACAAUUACAUGCUGUCUCGCAAUGUGGACAAUGCAGAAGGCUCUGAUACUGAUUAUUAAUUGAACAAAGCUGCUGCACAAAGGGGCAAUGGUGGACAAAUCCUGUGGUAUUGCAAAUGUAAGUGACUACUGCAGCUAUAGUGAGGAACCCAGAAUAUUUUAAUUGUAUAUGAACUUGAAGAAAAAUGAAUGUGAUUAAUGUUAUUGUUUGAUUUUAAUUUCAACUAUAAGCAGGUUUAAAAAAAGUUCUCCUGGUAUUUGUUUUUGUUCAUUUUUUGCUAAGUUUGCAUGGAGAUAUUUUAAUGCAUUUUUGAGUGGUAUAGAUGACCCCCUCCCAAGUGUUGGGGGACCUUGAAAUUAGAGUUUAACAGAAAAUGUACAUUAUGUAUAAUUGUUCAUGAGGGAGAGCAAUUUUACAUAAAUGUUCUUAUAUUUAUUUUUGUUUUGAUUUGAAUUGCCUGUGCUGAGUUUCCUAUCAGAACGACAUCCAAAAAAAUAAAGCAUUAAUUCAAA